UCUCCAGCAGGUUUCAGGACGGUUAAAGUUGUGGAGGAGUCCUCUCUGUUUUCCACACUCGCCCUUGUUAUGUUACUUUAUACUUUGUCCGGAAGCGGAAGCUUUUCAGUUCCAUGAAGUUCGGUGAAGUUUGGCAGAUGACACGGAGCAGCACCGAAUCUGAUCAAUAGAACUCCACACAGUAGCUUAGUGUUACAAUGGUGACUUGCCCCCUACUGCAGUAGCACACACGCUGUGUGUGUGUGUGACGGUGAGAGAGAGUGAGGGCGGGAGAACGCAGACUGACAUGGAGCAGUGCGAGCCCCCGAGCGAGCAUGAGCACCCAUGGAAGGAUGCCGCCAUGAAGAGGAGGGCCUGGGCAAAGAGCCGAGACUCCUGGCAGGCCCCCGAGUCCCAGGACGACGGCGGCUCCGAGGAGUGCCCGCCAGUGCCCGCUGCCGAGCCCGUUGAGGAGAAGCCCUCCGCAGCCAAGGAGCCAGGUCGGAACAACAAAAUAGCAAGCUGGCUUGAAGACUGCAGGACUCCUUUAGGGGCUUCUCUGGAUGAGCAGGGUGGCACACCAACCAAGGGAGUUACAAGGAAUGGCUGCAGCUUUGAGGACGACCUCUCCUUGGAGCAGAGGCCAAACCACCUCCAGCCCAACGGCACCAAAGCUGAGGUUCCAUGCUAUGGGGUGCCAGCUAGAGAGAAGCGCACUCAGUUCAAGCAGAAAGGCAGGAGCAUGAAUUCCACGGGUUCUGGCAGGAGCAAACACCACAGUGUCCAGGUACAGAACAGUCUAGUCCUGAACAGCACCACAGAUCUCUCUGUCUCUCUCGCUGUCUCUCUGUCUCUCUCUCUCUUUGUCUCUCUGUCUCUCUCUGCUGCUUUACCUUGUGUGUGGUGUGUGUGUGUGUGUCGUUUCCGGCAGAUUGAGGUGCUGACCACUGUGGCCAACGCCUUCUCGUCGCUCUACUCGCAGGUGUCCGGUCUACCCGUGCAGAAGAUCGGCAGCAUCGGCGCCAGCGUCAGCCUCGGUGGCGAGGCAGAGGGUGAGGCCAAGGAGCUACCGCCCAUCCCUCGCGCCCGCGCUCACUCCCACUCCACGCUCAACGCCGUCAAGAUCCUCAAGAAGAGCCUGACUCGCCACAACCUGCACACCCCACCGGUUCGCCCGAGGGGGGCGCGAGCGCGAUGGCGGCGGCGCCAACGAACUCUGACCCCGGAAACCCCCCCGGGGAUCGGGAUCGGCUCAAGCGUUUCGGCGGAGGAGCACGCGAGACUCGCCGAGGUGAAGCCGCAGAAGGCGUUCAGGAAGAAGGACUCGCCCUCGCUGGCCACUGUGGCCGAGGAAGUCGGACAGGGGAGCAGCGAGAGCAACGGGGACGCCCCAGACGCGCCUGUUUCAGAGAGCCGAGGGGACCAACCCCAGCCCAACACCCAGGCAGAGGGCCCUGUGCUGGGAAUGGAGACCCCGGUACUGGUCAGCAUCAGUGGGGUCUCGGAGGAGAGUGACGGUAAUGGACUGACCGGGGUCAACGCGAAGGAACUGGGUAGUGACCUCCAGAGGGCCAUCACCUCCACGCCAGACAAAGAGCCGUCCAACCUGCUGCCCAACCCGCUCCUCGACCAUCUCCGCACCUCCCCCCAGGCCCGCGAGUCUUUCGAGAUGGACGAGCUGCAGGAAGACGAGCCUGGCACCCGAAGCACAUCUCGAGCCGGCAGUGAGCUGCUGAGGACUGCCAGCCAGCAGUCAGACAGCAGUGGAUUCGCUGAAGACCCCUGCGCUGAUUGCUCAAUUAAUUAUCUGAAGAUUCAGGAGAGUUCGGACAGCUGCGACAGUGAGACCACAGUGACUUCCCACGCGGGCGACUCCACGACCCCUCUCAGCACUGACAUGGCCGCCCUCGAUCCGGACGCCCAGGCCGUCCUAGAGACACACAGUGAGGAGGAGGAGGAGGAGGAGGGCAAGAAGAAGGUGCCUGUGUACAACUCCCACCAUUUCUCUAGAUCGGCUGACGCUAUAGCCGCGCAGCCGGCCAGCUCUGCAGACGAGCCUGGUAUGACCACUACAGGGUCCACUGCAGAAGCCUCACCUCAGACAGAGGCUGGGGUGUCGUUAGAACUCUCCCCACCCAUGGAGGCUCCUGCGUCUUCUCUCAGAAGUUCUCCGGAAGGCUCCAAGCACAGCGCGUCUGACCUGGUCCGCACUGCCCUGCACCGGGCACAGGAGCGCUCCCCUUUGACGAGGGAAGACCAGUCGAGUCAGGCAGUGCCAACAACAUCUGUCCGGGCCCAAGGGGUGCAUAAGACCCGUCUGGGGCGUAUGCAGCGGUCCAGCUCGCUGCCCACCUCUCUGCUCAGUCCGUCCCGCGUGGUCUCCUCCAUGCACGUCCAGCUGGGCCACGGGUCAGUGCGGCUCUGCACCCCACCCACCUUCUCCUACCGCUACACCCCCGACUCGGACACAGUGCUGGAGGUGGGCUCCAUCAAAGAGGAGGGCAACAACAAGGAAGAGGAGGAGGACGAGGGUGAGGAAGGGCAACCCAGCUGCCGGACCACCCUCAUCAUCAAAUCGCAGACGGCUGCACCGACAACGGACAAGCCGUUCUCGCAGAUCGUCCCUGCGUACCCGUCGUUGGCGCUGCCUGGCCACCUGAACCUGUCCAACAGCUCGCUCCACAGCGGGCCCCUGCACGAUUGGCCCCAGCAGCGGACGCUCGGCAAGGCCGGCGGCUGGAGUAGCGUGCCCAACCUCGCGCUGGGCCAGCAGCAUGCCCCCUCGGCCACGCCCCGCCACCAGCAUCUGCCCCAACAGCUGCCCCACCAACUGCCCCACUUCCGCUCCCCCUACCCCACAGUGCCCGGCGGCUCUCCCUACAACAGCCUGAACUCGUCCUUCAACGGUGCCUUCCCCCAGACCUCGGGCAGCAGCUACACGCCGUCCCCGACCCCCUUCACGCCGCCGCAGAGCGCCUUCUUCACGCCGCCGCAGAGCGCCUUCUUCACGCCGCCGCAGAGUGCCAGCAUGCUCAACAGCGCCCCCUACAGUCCUCUAGCAUAUGGCGUUUCACCAUACAACUCCCCCUACCACGCCCAGCAGCAGCAGCAGCAGCCUGACGGUCGCUACAGCUCCCCACUCCCCCCUCAUGGCCCGAGUCCGGUCCCGUCCUACAGCCCCCUGGUCCACCCGCACAGCGCCCCCUACAGUCUGCCAUAUUGCACGCCGUCGCCUGGUCGCCUCGGUCAGCCCUACAACCCGCAGUACUCGGGGCCUCCCUGCUUCCCCUUCCCCCACGAGCCAGCGGCCCCGCCAGUCCUGUCCACCACGGAGAUGCAGCUCCGCAGGGUCCUGCACGAGAUCCGGGGGACCGUGCAGAGCCUGGCCCGGGGCUCUACCCCGUGUCCUGACGACAUUCCUGCUGAUGCCUUCAGUCCACAGAGGUCCAUUCAAACGCUCUAUGAGGAUCUGCAGAUGAGGAAGAGGAGUUUGUGUAUGUUCCGCACGCAGAUGAUGGACCUGGAGCUGUCCCUGAUGAGGCAGCAGUCUCAGGUCUACCAGCACCUCAGUCAGGAGGAUAGGAUGGAGGCGGAACAGCUGCAGUGUCUGCGUGGUUCAGUCAGGCAGGAGCUGCAGGAGUUGGAGCUGCAGGUGGAGGAUCGGCUCCUGGCGCUGAACGAGCAGCUCCGCGCCGCUCAGCAUCGUGGCCUCUACUGCCACCCUAUGGCCAUGCACAGAGGUCACAGUCUGGACAGCCUGUCCAACGCCUCGGCCCUGGAGCCGGUGUCUGACCUCCUGCGGGAGCAGCUGUACCUGCAGUCGGAGCUGGGGGGCAUGAGCCGCGCCACCACCCCCAUGUCGGGCCGCUCCUCGGGCACCGUCAGCCCCGUGCGGAGCCACAGGGCCACCUCCGGGCACUCCUCCCCCCAGAGGGGAGCCCUCUACCGGGCCACGGUCAGCCUCACCCCGGCCCCCCCUCCACGGCCAGGUGUGGAGCCCUCAGAGCAGCCUCUGGCUGCCGCGGAGGAGGUGGAUGGAGAGGGGAGGACGGAGAUGCGCUCGCUAGCGGUGGAGCAGGGGAGUCAGGCAGCUAUUAACCCCCAUCUGCUGCAGGAGAGAGGGAAAGAAGGGGUAGCAGCAGCAGGAGGAGGAGGAGGAGGAGGAGGAGGAGCUGAAAGAGGAGCCGAUAACCCACACCUGCAACAGCUGAUCAAAGAGAUCAAAGACAGCAUCGCUGACGAGAUCCGGCAGGAGAUCCGGCAGGAGAUCGUGAGCGAGCUCCUCGCCGCCGUCUCUCCUAGGAGAGCGCUGGCGGUGUCGAGGGAGCAGCCUUGAGCCGAGCGUACGCACACACACACACUGGUGGAUUUACAAGAGAGCUGAAGAAAAAUGAGGAGGAAUAAAAACCACAAGCUUCUACUGAAGAGUUUGUGUGUUGAACACUGUUGAAGCCUGCACUGAGGAGAGGCCUGCCUGGCCAGCUCAGACCAGUCCAAACUACCACCACAUCCCCACCCCCCCACCUACUAGACCUCGGGUCAUUCAUGGGAAAGAGACACAUGGACCGCUUUUUCUCCACACACACACACACACACACACACCAACACUGCUGUAUGUGGACGAUGUGCUGAUCAGAACUGUGACCCGGCUGCUUACUUGGGCUGGGCUGGGCUGGGUGUGUGUGUGUGUGUGUGUGUGGGGGGGGGGGUGGAGGGGGUGGAAAGGGGUGAGGAGGGCAGGGGGUCUGGGAUGGUGACCUGGCUGUAUUGAUGGUACAAUGUUGAAUUCUGAUGCCUUUGUGGAACGUGCUUAAGUAUGUGCUGUUGGUCCACGUGCAUGUCCGUUUGUCGAAAGGUGAACAAGUUCGAAGAGGCCGGCUGUCUGUCUGUCUGUCUGUGUGGAUACAUAUACUGUACGUUUGUGUCUUUAGUGUGAAUGUGUUUGUGUCUGUCUGGAUUCAUAUGUGAAACUGUGUAUGUCUUUUUUCCAGAUCAGUGUCUACUGUACAAACAGACCCACUGUCCUAUUCUCUUCUAAUGCAGCCUCUGUGAGGAACUAACUGUGCAAUAUAUUUCACUCGCAACUUGAAUUGACCAAUAGCAACUACUGUUUUUAGGUGUGCCACUUCUGAAGGUUCUCCUCAGCCACGCGUAUUUGUUUCUGCUCGUUGGCUAUAUUUAUGUCUGUAAUCUAUCACGCUCUCCUAACGAGGACAAAGAACUAAAAUAGCCUGAAGCACAUUCCUAAAUAAGUUUUGCCUCUGUAGACAGCACUACUUUAGGUCGUUGUUUUCUUUUUUUACAUGUGGUCUAACACAGAGACUAGAGCUAAGAGUUUGGAUGCGGAUGGACACUAAAGUGUUUUCAUCAGGCCUUAGCAAGGGAGAGGGACAACAGGGAUUGUUGUCGCUGUUGUUUGUGUUGUUUUUGUUGUUGUAUUUGUUGUUGUUUUUGUUGUCGUUUGUCUUUCAGUUUGGAAAUGAUUUGUAAUACUAAUUGAUUCAUAGUACCUGUACGUAUGACUGCAGUUCAUGUGCUAGCCAAGCACAUUGUUUUUAAAGGGACUUGCUAACUUGUCACCUUUGGGAUGCAUGAGGGACGAUGUCUACAGCAAAUCAUUAAUAAAGAUUUAUUUAUUUUGAGUAA